AUGACAAAUACAGAAAAAUCUCAGCUUCACAAGGACGUGGUCAGCUUCUUCUUCUCUCAAUACACCGUUCGGCAGAGAACCUUAAUACUAGGCUCCUAUCUCUCUCUCUCUCUCUCUCAAAUUUCCAUGGCAUUUUCUGCGACAUUCUACCCUUCUUCAUCACCAUCAUUAGCCUUUUCCAGUAAAACCCACAAACCCAUUUUCACUCAGACUGCAUACUUCUCAAAAUCGCUUACGGUUAAAGCCUCAACCACUUUGGACAAGCUCUCUGUGGACGAUAAGUCACCUCUUCCCACGAAGACUAAUAGCUGGAAAUGGAAAUUCAAGGAAAAUUUAAUUAACAUCUACUAUGAAGCACAUGAAGGGAAGAGCAGUGAUCCAUCCAAAAAUAUCCUAAUGGUACCAACAAUUUCUGAUGUUAGUACUGUUGAAGAAUGGCGAUCAGUAGCUAGAAAUAUAGUUCAGCAAACUGGUCAAGUCAAUUGGCGUGCCACCAUUGUUGAUUGGCCGGGUUUGGGGUACUCUGACAGACCUAAGAUAGACUACAAUGCUGAUGUAAUGGAGAAAUUCUUGGUUGAUUUCAUCAAUGCACCCGAUGGUCCGAUGAACUCUUCAGAAAAUGAUUUGGUGGUAUUUGGUGGAGGGCAUGGAGCCACAAUUACUGUUCGUGCAGCAAAAAAAGGACUUGUAAAGCCAAAAGCAAUUGCUGCUGUAGCACCUACCUGGGCUGGUCCUCUACCUAUUGUGUUUGGUCGAGAUUCUGGCAUGGAGACAAGGUAUGGACUGCUUAGGGGCACCUUAAGAGCUCCUGCUGUUGGCUGGAUGAUGUACAAUAUGCUAGUCAGCAAUGAGAAGGCCAUUGAAUCCCAAUACAAAUCUCAUGUCUAUGCAAACCCCGAAAAUGUGACUCCAGGAAUUAUUGAAAGCAGAUACGCAUUGACGAAAAAGGAAGGUGCUCGUUAUGCGCCUGCUGCAUUCCUGACCGGUCUCCUCGAUCCUGUUCAAUCCCGUGAAGAGUUUCUUGAACUCUUUGCAGCUAUGGAGGGAAAGACACCAGUUCUGGUUGUAUCAAGUAAGGGAUCUCCAAAGAGGUCAAAAGCAGAAAUGGAAGCUCUCAGAGGAACCAAGGGGGUGAACAAGUUUGUGGAGGUACCGGGUGCUCUUCUUCCACAAGAAGAGUAUCCCAAUUUAGUUGCCGAGGAGCUUUACCGAUUCUUGCAAGAAAAUUUUGAAUCUAAAGCUUAAAUAUGGUCUUCAGAUAUACUAAUACGCUUCUAGCUCCUACGUAUAAAAUUUAACAAGAGUAAUUUGAUAUUAGACCUUAUUGUUAUCUUCAUACAUGUUACUGGUUGUAUAGCAAGGAAUCUCCACUGUUUAUCACAAUAAAUAAUCCAUUUUUAUUUUCA